UGCUUUUACUUUGGUGAGGAACGUCCGGUUGUCGUUGCUCCUCCAGUCCAGCAGAGUUCGCUGUUCGCUUUCGCCGCUUCGCCUCCGUCGAUGCGGAACUCCUGACAGAAGUCCGUCCGCCGCAGCGUGUCGUGCGGCCCAGAGGAGGACGAUGUGCGGGGCCGUGCAGCUGCUGCGGGUGUCGGUCCAUGAGCGGAUGAGCGCCGCUGCAGAAGACUUUCUGCUGCAGGUGGAAAAAGGAGAAGAAGCGGCUGAAAUCCCGGCGCUGAGAGCGAAGCUCACCGAGCGGCUGACGGCGGCUGCGGAGGAGAUCGUCGCUCUGCUGGAGGAAACCGUGGCGGAGUACGAAGACAGAGUGGAGCGGUCGGAGCGGGAGAUCUGCCGCCAGAGGAGGCUGCUCGAUGCCGUGCUGAAGCCCCAAGUGAAGCUGCACAGGGCAGACGUCCAGUGGUCGUUGAGCAAAGAAGAGGUUCCCACUGAACAGCAGGAGUGGACCUCCGGGCUGGACCAGGAGGAACCAGAACCCCCACACAUUAAAGAGGAACAGGAGGAGCUCUGGACCGAUCAGGAGGCGGAUGAUGUCACCAGGUUCACCUUCACUCCUGUCCCUGUGAAGAGUGAAGAUGAUGAAGAGAAACCUCGGUCCAUACAGAUGGAGACAGAUGGGGAUGGAGAGGACUGUGGAGGACCAGAACCAGCCAGGACCUCUGAUCCAGAUCCUGAGAUUGACUACAGGACAACAGAGUUUUCUGUGGCUGAGGUAGAGGUCAGUUGUGAUGACUGGGAUGAGACCAGAGAACCUCAGUCAGGUUUAAACUUGCAUGAAGGUCGGAGGUAUCAGAAACCUUUCAGCUGCUCUGAAUGUGGUAAAACAUUCACCAGAACUGGACUUCUGGAGACGCACAUGAGGAGUCACACAGGAGAGAGACCAUUGAGUUGCUCUGUGUGUGGGAAGAAAUACACAAUCUACAGAUACCUGCUGCGACACAUGGCCAUGCAUGACGUGGAGAGACCAGGCCGUCAAUGUGAUAAGACUGAAUGUGACAGGAGACUCUGCUACAGUCACCAUCUGAAGAAAGACGCUCUCUCAGAGGAAAGUCUGUUCAGCUGCUCCGUUUGUGGAAGAAAGUUCACACAGCGAGGAUAUCUGAUGCAGCACAUGGCGCGGCACACAGGCAAUGUCCGAUUCCGUUGUUGCGUUUGUGACAAAAGAUUCGCCUGGCGUCAUGAGCUCAAGAGCCACAAGUGUGUCGGUGAGUCAUCAGAUCUUCAUCAGGAGGAUGGAGAGGCAGAACCUCAAGCUGAUGGAGACGACUGCUCAGGAUCAGACUCUGAUGACAAGACUUCAGACUCCUCUGAAGCUGAGACUAAGGACGGAGAUGAUGGCUGGAGGGAACCUCAGUCAGGUUUUAUCUCUGCAACGGACACCGACAUCCCUUUGAGCAACAGCAGCACUGAGAAGAAAUCCUUCAUCUGCUCUGAGUGCGGCAAAACGUUUAGUGGUGAGGAGAAUCUGAAGACUCACAUGGGAACUCACACAGGAGAAAAACCAUUCAGCUGCUCAUACUGCGAGAAGGGGUUUCCACAAAGAGACUACCUAAGGAGCCAUGGGACGGUCCACACAGAGGAGAAACGGUUCCUUUACUGUGUCUGUGGAAAAAGAUUUGCUUGGUGUUACAAUCUAAAGGACAACGGGUGUGUCGGUGAGACGAGUCAGACUGAUGAGGACCAAGAGCCUCCGGCCUGCAGCUCCAAACCUUCAGACUCUUAUAAUGAGACUCUGAGCAUCACUGCGAGUCUGAACUCUCCAACACACCCCGUCACUGAAGCUGGCGCUGCAGAGAGACCGUUCAGCUGCUUGCAGUGCGCCAAAACAUUUCGCCGCAAGAAGAACCUGCAGGAGCACCUGAGAAUCCACACAGGAGAGAAACCAUACGGCUGUUCUGUGUGUAUGAAAUAUUUUUCCUGCAGUGGAUCAUUAAGAAAACACCUGAGAAUCCACACAGGAGAGAAACCGUUCAGCUGCUCUGUGUGUGGGAACAGAUUCACUGAGAGUGGACAUCUGAAGGUGCACAUGAGAACGCACACCGGAGAGAAACCAUUCAUCUGUCCAGUCUGUGGGAAAAGUUUCACCUGGAGGCAAAGUUUCAACAAUCACAUGAAAUAUCACACAGAAACAGUCAGAGAGACGAACUAAAGACGCUUCACGACGGUUCAUCGUUCAGGAGGAAGCCCGACUUGUUCAGUCAGAACUGUGUGGAGAUGAAAACAGAAGCAUCUCAGCUGAAAGAGAGAAACUGCUGCAGCUGCUGUUUGUUUCAAUCAUUCAUCAUCUUCCUGUAAGACACCACUUAAAGGAACAGUUCACCCAAAACUAUCGUCCUCCACUUCACAGUAAAACAGAGUUGCAGCAUUCUGCUUAACAACUGAAGCAGCUGAGACUUGAUUUAAAACAUCAGAUGUCUCGAUACAGCUCGUCUGCUGUGACAGUCUGCAGGAGAGAACACAUCGCAACCUGAUCUCAGACCAGAUCUACACCUUUAUUAACAUGAAGUCUUCAUGUAGUUGAACUGUUCCUUUAAAGCUGAGUGGGCGAAAUGUGAAGCUGCUGUGAUAUCAACGUUUCCUCACUCUGUUCUCUGAUGUUAUGAACUUCAGUGCUGCACAAACAUGUUUCAGUGGAUGUAUUUAAUUUGAUUUACAGACUGACGAUUGAUUUCUUCCUCUCUCCUGUAUGAUGUGUUGAUCAGCCUGUCAGCUGACAGACAUGACAAAGCAUUAUUAAUGACUAUGUGUCCUGAUGUUUGUGUUCAUCGGUGAGGUUCAUUGAUUAUCAAAUAAUCAAGUGUUUCCAGUCUGAUGGUGUUGAUCUGACGAGCUCAUCCAGCAGCUCAAGAGAAGAAAUCUUAACUGCCACGAGUCAGAAGUACGAGAUGAAAGUCUAGAUUAUUAAAAUUGUUUUAUGAAAUGUUUUUUCAUAUUUCAGGAUCAACAUCAAAGACAGAAAUGAGUGUUGAGUCAAAUAAACUUGUAGAACCAAUCUUGAGUUUUGUUUCCACUUCAUGAAUUUAGAUGAAUGAUAACAAUUCUUAAGUGACGAACGGGCAGUGAUCAUUAGAAACUGAUCCUGAUCAAUAACAAUAUUUACUUUUUGAAUAAAAUAUAAUUUCUUGAGAAUUAAAAUCUAUCUUAUUAUAAAACUAAUCUAUCU